CCAGAUAAUGAUUAAAAAUAGAAUAUUAUCCAGUAAAAUUAGAAUCGAAUUUCAAGAAAUUCGGUGUUCCGUUAAACACACAGUCGUGCACUGGCAUUUGGGAAAUGGAAAUAGAAAGAGUUAUAAAUAAAACGUAACUGAAUUUCUUAUUGACGAAAAACAAGUUGCACGUAGGAUACGCUUGGGUUACAUUGGCCACGAAUGAUGCUUAUUCUUUAGGAGCUCUAGUUUUAGCACAUUCUUUACGUCGAGUUGGUACCAAACAUGAAUUGGCUGUUUUAGUUACUCCAGGAGUAACGGAAACAAUGAGGGACAAAUUGUCAGCAGUUUUUUCUGUAGUAAUGGAAGUAAAUGUACUUGAUUCAAAAGAUGAAGCUAAUUUGGCACUUUUAGCUAGACCAGAAUUGGGUAUUACAUUUACUAAAUUGCAUUGUUGGAGAUUAACUCAAUAUGAGAAAUGCGUUUUUCUCGAUGCAGAUACCCUUGUUGUUAGAAAUUGUGAUGAAUUAUUUGAAAGAGAAGAACUAUCUGCUGCCCCGGAUGUGGGUUGGCCUGACUGUUUCAAUUCUGGUGUAUUUGUAUACAGACCAUCGCAACAAACUUUUGCUUCUAUUACUGCCUUUGCUGCUGCUAAAGGUUCAUUUGAUGGUGGUGACCAAGGUUUACUAAAUAUGUAUUUUAGUGAUUGGGCACAUAAAGACAUUUCUAAACAUCUACCAUUUAUUUAUAAUAUGUGCUCUACCGCUGUAUACUCAUAUCUUCCUGCUUUCAAACAAUUUGGGGAUGAUGUUAGAAUAAUACAUUUUAUUGGUAUUACAAAACCAUGGUUACAGUAUUUUGAUACGUUAACUGGUAUUGUUCAACCACCAGUGGAUUCUGUACAUUUGCAGCCAUUGUUACAAUUAUGGUGGAACAUCUUUUGUGAAAAAGUGCAUCCCCAGUUAUCACCUGUUAUGGCCACCAGCACAUUGGCUCCAAUUUGGCACAAAUUUUCUCCUAUACCGUUUGAAUCCUUUAUUCCAAAAAGUCCUAUUUAUGCAGAAGUACAAGACAAAACACAGAGUGAUAUCCAUUUAGGAUCAGCAGAUUUUUCAGAGUUUAAGGAUCCGUGGGAAAACUACUGUGUAGAGGAUAACAAGAUUGAACAGUAUUAUUCAACAAUUGACAACUCUUCAUCUAUAUCUGUGUUAAAUGAUGAAUAUAACUAUUUAAAUUCUGUUCAACAUAUUUGCGAAUCACGCCCUGAACAUAAUAGAGAAAUGUAUCAUAAUCAAGAGUACAAUGAAUAUAAUAAUACUCCAUCACAUACUCAACAUUAUCAUAAUCAAGAACAAUAUAACGAAUUCAUUAAUGAAAAUGAACAGCACUCUUUUUUCCAUUCUAAAGACAUUUCUAAAGAUCAAUCAGAUAAUUGGCAAAGUCAAUGUAGUAUUGAAAAAUAUAUACCUGUACAUAGUACUCCAAAUUAUUAUUCUAGUGAAUCUCAACAUCAACAUACUGAUUCUCAAUAUAUUUCUCAAAGUUUGUUUGAAAAUAGUAACAAAUCAUUAUCAAAAGAAGUAAAUAAUCAACAUAAUAGAUCUUAUGUUGACCAUCAAAGUAAUCAUUAUCACAUGUACGAUAAUAUCAAUACUAAACAAAGUAUACAUCAUGAGCAAAAAAAUCAAAAUUUUUAUUGCAACGAACAGAUUAAUUUAGAAUUGACAAAACAGAAAUCCUUAAAUGUUAAACUUGAUCAUGAUCAAGCUGUAAAAAAUAAUAUAAUUUGUCAAAAUAAUCUUCCAGCUAUUGAACAAAAUAUUGAGCAAAAUGUUGAACAAAAUGAAAACAAAUAUAUCACAGACAAACAGACUGUUACACCGAUAUCUACUAUUCCUUAUCCUGUUUCCAAACCUUGUACAGAUUUCCAUAAUGUAGCAUCGCAAUCUGACUCACACAUAAUGGAAGAUAUAAACAAUUCAAAUGCUGGUCUUGCUGGUGCAUUAGCUCAGAUGACAUUAGGUGAACCCAGAAGUGCUGAACAAAUUGCAUUAGAAGAACAUAUGCGGAAACAAAGUUGGGAACAGGGACACAUUGACUAUAUGGGCCGUGAUAGUUUUGAUAAUAUUUGGAAGAAGAUCUGUGAAACACUUGCUCUUGCACCUCCGCGAUUACCAUCUCCUCCAAAAGAAACAGCGAAAGUUGCGGAAACUACAACUAAUAAGACUGUUGAAUCUAUUAAAUCGACUGAGGCUAUUGAACAAAUUGAAUCUACAGAUGAAGUGGAUGCAAAAGCUGCUCAGGUGACAACCAUUCGUACUGAAGAACAAUCUCUAGUUAACAAUGUUCCUAUAACAGACAGUAAAACUAUGAUACCUAAAUCAGCAGAGAAGGACGAACAAGCUAUUAAUACAAUAUCUUCGGUCACAAAAAACGGGAAAGAAUUAUCAGUAUCAGAAGAAACAACAAUCAAUAGUCUUAAAAUGUUUGAAAUAAAAUCAGAAAACAAAGCAUAUGAUACAUUAGUGGAUUCUCCUACACAACAUUCAAUGCAAAUAUCUCGUGAAGAAGUCAUAGACCCUGAUACACUAUUAAAGCAAGAUCCGCGGCUGACAACUAUAUCUACAGUACCAGCUGACACAGUUGAAAUUUAUCAAAUCGAAGCUGCUGUAAAUACUAAGAAAAUAAAACAAUCUGAUAUUAAAGAUGAAAUACAUGCAAAAGAAUCAUCAACUGCUCCUGAAGGUCUGAUAGUCAGUCCUGUACCAAUACAAGUUGCAGAAUCUGUUCUUCAAUUAGAACCUAAGGACUCCAUGCCAAUUUCUCAAAUAAUGACACAAGAAAUUCUUUCCUCUACAGCAACACCUAUCCACAUAACUGAAACAAAAGAUAGAACACAUAUAAAUGGUUCAGGUUCUUUAAACAACCUUAUACAAAAUAAGAACAUAUUAAGUUUAAGUGAUACUACAACAAUGAAAGAUAUUGAUGCUGCCAUUAAAUUAAAUGAAUUACAAUCAAAGUCACAAGAAACUCAACAAAUUUUACCAGAAACAGAACAAAUAGAAUGUACUCUUACAGAAACACAAUCUACUUCUGAUCUUACAUUAACUUCAAGUAUUGCAGAGAAUGUAGCAUUACCAGAGAAAAGUCCUGAUAAAAGUUUACAUCAGGUAACAGAAUCAACACAUAAAGUGAGAGAAAUUGAAAGCUGUCCAAAAGAAUUGAUACAAUCAAUUGAAUCUCCAUCAGAAUGUGAAACAACUAAAACAUCACAAUCACAAGAAACUCCAGUUAGGCCUUCAAGAACAAAGGAAUUAAAUGUACCUUCAACGAGUGCUUCAAAACUUACAGUGCAAGAUUCAAAGGAUCAAGAGAAAGUAACAAAGAAGGUUAUAAAAAAAUCUGUAGCAAAGUCAGCAUCUGAAAAGGAACCUAUAGAAACAACUGAAGGUGAUAUCAGUGAGAAGAAAGCUGUAAAAAAAGUAGUGAAAAAGGUUGCAAAAAAAACAAAACCAAAAUCAGAAGAAGUACUGGAUGAUGGUGCAGAUAAUAGUAGUUCUAGUAAACAAAAAAAAACUGUAAAAGUUGUUAAAAAAAGUACAAAAAUUUCACAAACUUCUGGUACUGAUACAGUUGCUCCUGAAACUUCAUCACCCAGUACUUCUAUUACUCCAAUUCCACCUAAGAGAAAAGCAAAGCCCAUUACUAAAAAAUCUGAUAUAGAAUAAUAAUUACUUUACAUGAACUGACAAUGAUUACAAAAAUAUUUUAAAUAAGGAUUUGAAUACUAAGAGUUAUACAAAUCAAUAAAAGGUGAUACUUGCUA